AUGAGUCACAACAACCAGUCGACCGACCCCGUGGCGAGACCUUGCCGCGACAUGGCGGCAGUCGUGGCUUGGUUCGAGGACUACCGCACCACGAACCACAACCCCCAGUACACGUUCAUCGACAUCACCGGCUACACCCUAGGGCGGUUCGUCGAGCACAUGUUCGCGACGGGCUGCACCCGCGAGCAGAUUGCGUGCUACGUGGACCUGUUUGUCAACAUUAAGUAUUAUCAGUGUUACCUUCAGUCCCGCCCUUUCCUUCAGGCCUUCUAUCGUGUGUCCCAAUGA